UUUCCUCAUCGCACGCUCGAGUCUUUCGGAUCCCGAAAGUUACACGGUCUAAAGCAAAAUGAAGCUCAAGGCUCUGUGUUUUGCGGCCCUCGUGUUCGCGACAGUGUUCAUCUCCUCCACGGCCACCGAGACGUCUAAAGAUGAGAAGAAAUAUACGAAAGGAGCCGCAACAGUGACUGAGAAAAACCAAGCGGCCGAAGGGGCAACCUUUGAAGACGGAAAAUACUAUUGCAAGCACCAGUGUUGCCACUAUGGGAAGUGCCAUUGCUGUAACGUCAAUGAUGUAGUUUAUGAACUCGAUGAGGCGACUGGGCAGUACGUGAUGAUGGGAUAUGGCGGCGGAGGCUGGGGAGGAGGAGGAGGGUGUUCUCUGUUUGCUUACUUCGUCGCCUCUUAA